AUGGCAAUCAAUAUAUACAGUAAGAAGAUGCAAAUUGGGUAAGUAAUUUAAAUUGCAAAUUUUCUGUGUCUCACCCGUUUGAAAUAUAUAAAAAUAUAAACGAUUUGAUCUCUUAUUCGUGGUGAAUAAUAUAAAUGAUAAAGCUUGAAGGAAAUUUUUGAAUAAAAUUGUCUAAAUUUUUUAAAUAUAGCAUUUGACAAUCUGUGCAGCUAGAUCGGCUCAGAUGUUUGAAUUGUAAGUCUUUGUCUCACCCACAAUAAAAUAUAUAUGAAAAUAUAAACAAUUUGAUGUUGUGUUCAUGAUGUCCAUAUUGUAUUCAUAUAAAAUGUCUGUAUUUAAUAAAUAUAUAGCCUGUAAACCGCCAGAUCUGAAUUCAGAUCUGGCAGUUAAAAAAUGAUAAACUUUAAGUUCUAGUAUUUUUUUAGAUUGUUUGGAACAUGAGAAUGCACCAUGACCUGCCUGCUUUCUGUCAGGGUUGCAGAUGAAGGAAGCAAAAAAAUAUUAAUGCCAUGGAGUUUUGUUGACACUAUGUCUCUUACAGUUACUCGUCUCUUGUGACUGAUAUUUUAAGUGGUGUCCAUGAAUCAUGCAAAAUUGAAACACAUGGCAAUUGUAAAAGCAUCAUACUGUCCUUUGUAACUGCCUCGUCUUCAUUUGCUCUCAAGGAAGAAAUUAAAGGAGAUCCAAUGCAGGACAUUGUUAACAAAGUAAAGGUAUUUGGAAUGCGUUACUUUAGUCUUUAUACCAAGCAUGAUGAAGCUUGCUUGACCUGCAAAGUUUUACAAAAUGAAGAUGAGUGUAACACACCACUUAACACAUUUCAAGUAAUGAUGGCAGCGGCAGCAAAUGAAGUUGGAAAAAAUGUUCCUAAGCAAAUUGAAAGCCCCAAAAAUGGCUUAGAUCAGUUGUUCAACUGUAUCCUGUCACAUCUCUCAAGCUCUGGGUGCAUUUUCCCCAAAAAUGUUGGUCCUGCAGGUGGUAGUUUUGUUGACACACUGACAAAUUGUUAUGGCAUCUAG